GCAUUUGACAUUUCUACCUUUCUUCUCGGAGAAGAAAUCUCAGGAAGCAAAUCAUGCAAUAGGCCUCAAAUUCAUCGCAAAUUUCCAUUGGACACCGUCUGCGCCUCUUCUCUGCUGGCGAUGACGCCGCCGCCGGCACAGCUACCGUCAGUUCCCGCGGCACAGCAAGUGCUACAAUUCCUCAGCACCGUUCUCUCUCAGCGCGGCCCUAAUGCCCUCCCUUACGCCGAGGAGACGAAGUGGCUCAUCCGCCAACACCUCGUCUCCCUCGUCGAAGCUUACCAGUCCCUCCGCCCAAAAGCAUCCUCUUUCACCCACAACGAUGGCCGAACCGUCAAUCUCCUCCAGGCCGACGGCACCAUCCCCAUCGUCUACGACGGCGUCGUCUACAACAUCCCUGCCACCAUAUGGCUCGUUGAACGCUACCCUCUUAUCCCUCCUUCAGUAUUCCUCAACCCCACACGUGACAUGGUUAUCAAGCUCAAUCACCCACAUGUUGAUCGCUCAGGCUUCGUUCAUGCCCCAUAUCUCAAGAACUGGAUCUACCCCUCCUCCAAUCUCGUUGAUCUUGUCCGCUCCCUCUCGCAGAUCUUCAGUAAUGACCCGCCUUUAUACUCCCGCCAAAACCCUAGGCCUAACCCUAAUCCUACCCCCAACCCCAUCCCUUCUCCCUCUUCCUCCAGCAAUCACUCUAUCUCCAGCUAUACCCCAGGGCUGCACUCUCGGCCCACCGAGGAUCCAUCAGAGGUGUUCCGCCGCAAUGCUAUGAAGAAGAUCCUGGAUGCAGUUCAUGCCGAUAGUGCCGGGCUCCGGAAGGUCCAAGAGGCGGAGAUGGAAGGGCUGCUUGGCACCCAAGCAUCGCUCCGGCACAGAGAGGAGGAGCUUGCGCGCGGGCUUCGAGAGAUGCUGGGUGAGAAGGAAGGGCUGGAGCAGAUGCUACAGCUUGUGCUUAUGAACACCGAUAUCCUCGAAGGAUGGAUGAGGGAGAACCAGGGAAAGUGGCUGCGUGAUGUCGAUGCAGAUGAUGCAUUUGAGCCGGUGGAUGCUCUUUCGAGGCAGAUGCUGGAGUGCACAGCUGAAGACCUUGCUGUAGAGGACACAGUGUACUCUUUGGAUAAGGCAUUGCAGGCUGGUUCGAUUCCUUUUGACAUGUAUUUGAAGAAUGUGAGGGCGUUGUCGAGGGAUCAGUUUUUUCAUCGGGCACUGGCGAUGAAGGUGAGGGCUGCCCAGGUGCACGCCCAGGUCACAAACAUGGCCGGUAGAGCGUCACUGUAUACUUCAUAGGGAGGAGGUCAGUUUUACAUCUUACAGGUUGUAAAACUAAACGUUUUUCUUAGAUGUUAUAAAAUUUUCUUUGAAUUUUCAUAUUGUGGCCCUUUAUGUUUGUUGGAUUGGCUAGUUAAAUGAAAUAAUAAUUCAGUAAUGAAUAAUCUUUGCAUGAUUGUAGUAUAUGUUGUGUAGUAAUAUUUUAGUUGGACUGGAACUGAAGGAGCAUGAAUCAAGUUUCUACUGAUGAUUCCUAGUUGUAACCUGAUUUUUGCUUUCUGGAUGUAAUAUAUUGAAAUGUUCUUGCAAAAAAUUCAAUUAUUGAUUA